AUGAAGGCGAACGAGCAGGCCCUCUCCUCAAUGCUCCCAGUACUUCCGUCGACGACGGCGUUGGCCAGCAGCUUCCAGCCGUGGAUCUCGGAGCCCCUGAAGCCCGUCAUACACCAGGCGCAGUUCCCGUGCCCGGAGCUAGCCGAUGUCCACGUGACCCUGGAGAACAGCGAACUCUGGACCAGGUUCUACGCCAUCGGCAACGAGAUGAUCAUCACAAGGCCCGGGAGACGCAUGUUCCCGGUGAUGCGAGUCAAAGUGAGCGGCAUGGUGGCGAGUUCGUACUACAUGAUGCUGAUGGACCUGGUUCCGACGGACAACUACCGCUACCGCUUUCUUAGCAACUGCUGGCUGCCCGUCGAAACGGCCACGGACUCGUCGCCGGGCGAAACGGCGGCGGCGGCAAAGUGUAUCUGCACGAGAACGGGCCCUGCCUCGGCUGCAAGUGGAUGCUGGCGCCCGUGGACUUCAGCGCCGUCAAGCUUACCAACCAGAAGAGCAACACCGCGCAGAAGGAGAUUUUUAUGGCAGAGCAAACUCUCCUUCGAAGAAAGGUGUCAGUGCCCAAUGAUGCUGCAGUCAAUGCGCAAGUACGUUCCACGCAUCCACGUGUUCGCCGGAAGUGACGUCCAGAAGCUCGACUUCCGAAGCUUCAAGACGUUCGUGUUUCCGGAGACCGGGUUCAUCUCGGUCACCUCCUACCAGAACGAUCAGAUAAUUACGCUGAAAAUACAGAACAAUCCAUAUGCCAGGUCAUUCUGCAGCAACACAGAAAGGAGGUAA